CCAACAGGAAGAGUUUGUCGCACAGUGCUGACGGUUAUUUUCAUUCACAGCACCUCUGACAACAAACACCGCCUGCCUUCACGGUCAAUAGUAAUACGCCGACUUUUUAAUGCGGUGGCGAACAUGUGUGACCGCGGAUAGCUGCGUGACGAACGGCGGGCGGAGGGAGUGAUGGAGGCGGCGCUGCUCGGGUGAUUCAGUCCUCGGGUGCACCAUGAUCCCUGUGUCUCUGCUGGUGUGUGUGAUGGCAGCCUGGUGUGCUGUCUAUCUGGCCGACACACUGCUGAGGUCGUCAGCGACGCACCGGAUCAGCUAUGAGUCAUGGCUGGCGAGUCGAGGGCUGAUGCUGUCUCCCUUCCACGUGCGGUGGCAGACGACCAUGUUCAACCGGCUGUUUGCGUACUGCGCCCGCAUAAACCCCCAAGCCCUUUACCUGUGGUUCAGCAGCGGUCUGGUGUUCGGUAUAGUGGCCAUGCUGGGAUCGGUGGUGCUGCUGGUAAAGACGCUGCAGCAGACGGUCGCUCAGAUGACCACAGACAACCCUCGGAUAGGAGGUCAGCAGGCCCUGCAGGUGGUGGUCCCUGGUGUCAAUCUGCCCACCAAUCAGCUGGCCUACUUCUUCACCGCCCUGCUGCUCAGCGGAGUCAUACAUGAGCUGGGCCACGCUGUGGCAGCACUGAGGGAGCAAGUGCGAGUGAACGGCUUCGGCAUGUUUGUGUUCGUGCUGUAUCCCGGUGCCUUCGUGGACCUCUUCACCACUCACCUCAACCUCAUAUCACCCACGCAGCAGCUCCGCAUCUUCUGUGCCGGAGUCUGGCACAACUUUGUUCUGUGUGUGGCAGCGUUAGCCGUCCUCUUCCUGUUGCCUCUCUUUCUGUUUCCCAUGUACUCCACUGGAGGCGGGGCGCUCGUCAUCGAGGUCGUGCAGGGCUCGGCAGCCGACGGUCCGCGGGGUCUGUCGGUCGGGGACAUCGUGACGGGGCUGGAGGACUGUCCGGUCAAGGGGGUGGAGGACUGGAGCAGCUGCCUGUCUCACCUCUCUCACACCCCGCAGACUGGAUACUGUGUCCCCGUCGCCAGCCUGCAGCCCAGCUGGGCUCAUGGGCGAGCCUUCAAGCGUUUGGAUGGAACGAUGGACUGCUGCAGCAACAACAGCCUGACUGACCUCUGCUUCUCUUACAUGAAACCACAGGGCAGGAGCAGCAGAGAGAGAGAGUACGCCUGUAUGCCGGUGCGCAAGAUGGUGACGGGGACGCGAGUGUGUCGCACCGACGACGACUGCGCCGCGCACUCCCACACCGCCAGCGUUUGCGUCACCCCCUCGCUGGAAAACCAGACCCGCUUCAUCCGUGUCACACACCCUCCCAACACACACAUGCUGUUCGUGGGGUAUCCGCCGCACCUUCAGUACGCUGUGAGUCUGACCAACUUUGUGCCCCGCUUUGGGUUCCUCCACCUGGACCUGCCCGUCUUCUUGGAGACCUUCUGCAAAUACGUGGUCUCCCUCUCCGGUGCGUUAGCCGUAGUCAACUCUGUGCCGUGCUUCGCCCUCGACGGCCAGUGGAUGCUGAACGCUCUGCUGGAGGCCACGCUGGUUUCUGUGGUUACAGACCGUCAAAAGCGCGAGCUGAUUGGUUUCUUCCUGCUGCUGGCGGGCAGCGCCCUGCUGGCAGCCAAUGUGGCGCUGGGCUUGUGGAUGGUCACGGCGCGGUAGCCACAGCGGUCAGCUGCCCUGGCAGGACGCAAAAACUAAAAGAAUAGAACCCCAUGUGGACUGAGACGUGUUCGAGAUGUGUCGACCAUUAAACUGUGAACAUGCAGGGAACAGGCUGCAUUACCCAGCAGUGCUGCCCAAUUUCUGGAGACUGUUGAGCGGAACAUUGCUCGGCCUUUGAGCCCUCACUGGACCACCAGGGAAACCUAUAAACGACUCACUUCCACCUUGUUUCCCGCCAUACACAAAAAAAAAGCACAUACACAAACAAACAAAGCACUGUCCUGUGUGACUGUUUACAAAGACUGCGCAGUCUUUUCCAAAUUUGAAUAUCUGUGACGUGUUUGGGUUUGAAGUCAGAGAGAAAGCCAUCUUAGUUUUGCCAAGGGUUUGAUGCCAUAUUUCCCUGCAAGUCAUGUCGUGGAGUAAUCUAAGGCAAAAAAAAAAAGCCUUAAUUUCAUCAGCUAAUGCAUGGCAAUACCUUGGUUAACUCCCACUUAUCAGCUGGAAAAAACUGCCUCGUCCGAAGUGUGUGAAUUAAUUCAUGAAUCGAUGAAAAUGACUCCUACGGUAUUUUGUAACGUCCAAAAAAAAAAAAAGUUUGAAGGUGGGAACAUUUUGAAAUGAAAAACAUUUGCUAAGUGUGUUUCUUCUCCUCGGGCAUUGUAGCCGGAAAAUGGCUGAACUGUUUCCCGCUCUUCCUCAAAAGUGUUAGUUUCGUUAAUUUUACCCCCUUGGCCUCUUCACUGUCUGUGACCUGGAUGUAAAAGUUGAUUGUCAGUAGUGUGGAAUAAAGGACUGAUUUUAUUGAA